AUGAAUUCUGAAAGCGACACUUCAGCAACAGAGGUCUCACAACUAUCAGCACAAGGUCCCAUUUCUUCGAACGCUUCGGAAAGCACAGAGAGUACUUCCGUAAAUUUUAACCAAGAGUUUAUCGGCUUGUACAUAGUAGAAUUUGACAAUGUGCAAGGGGAGUCUGUUGUGUACAAACACGUGUCGUACAAAUUGAAACAAAAAGUCGAGACGGAGAUUGUUGGCAUAUUGAUGGGCACAGAUUAUUUUGAAGAAAGCACUCCAACAAUCAUUAUGCACACUUUAACAUCCUUUCACAUCAUCACCGUUAAUUUUACAUGUUACAACCCUUCAAACGUCAGAGGGUACGUCUCUUCCUGUUGCAUCGCAGUGAUUCAAAUGCACCCAUUUUCAACAUACCAAAUCGACACAUUAUCAGAGAAACUGAUUUCUUUUGCAAAGACCUUUCAAAGCAUUACAGACAAAUUAAAAGAACACACAACAAUCAAAUGUGAGCCUUCAACAACAAAAGAGAAGCCUGAUACUGUUGCGCCUUCCAGUACAACAGAAAAGAAGUUUGCAACCGUUUUAAGUCUUCAACAACUUAUAAACUUUAACGACCCGUUGCUAUUUGAACAGAUCAUUUCGUCAUAUCAACAGUUCCUUUUGUCAACACACUCUUUUAACAAUUUGUGUGCGAAUUUUAUUAACCCGAUCGGACAAGGGAACAUCUUGGCGUGUGGUGGAAGGGCUUUGAUGAGUUGGUCAUUCAUGCCACCACAAACUUUUGUUUCUAACUUUUCGUCCCAUAAGAACUCUCUUUCCGCCAACAUUACUCAAUUUGUUGUUUGCCAAAACGAACAAGAUGUGGAGUCAAAAAAAGAGAAAAAAGGGCAAUCAAUGAGUCAAUCUGAAACACUCAUAUCUCCCUUCCCUUCGCCUGUUUUCAGCUCUUCGCAAAACGAAAAUGCACAAUUCGGAUUUUAUCGGUUUGUGACAGAGUUUAAGACUGCAUUUCCGUCGAUCCUCCUCACCCUAUUAUCAGGGUUGCAAGUUAUUGUAUACUCUUCAAAGAGCACAGACACGACUCUGAUUAUUGAAAUUGCCAAAUUUUUGACGAAUUUCUGUGUGAGCGGUGUAUCUGAAAUUUCUCCGCCAAUAGAAGUCGUUGAAAAACAAGAAAACCUAUUUCUCCUUCAAAACAAAACAACUCAAAUUUUUGUCAUUUCGUCAUCUACAAAAUCUCUCGUUCCAACACUUUCAUCGUAUUCCUAUCUCGACAUCUCAAAGGAAUUUUUUGGCCUUAGCUAUUCGAAAGACAUGAAAAAUUCCAUUCUUGAUGGAUUUGUGAAAUAUGCUCUUCUUAAAAGACCUUUACUCCACCAAAAAUUAUGGAACGUUUUGGUUGAUUACUCUGAAAUCGUUCUGCGGAUGUUUAUCUCCCCAGAACUCAUUACCACUCACUUUUCAAUUCCAGAGCAAUUUAUUCUUGAUAAUUUCUUUCGAAAAGUCGAGCAAGAGAAGUAUUAUUCGGAGUAUAACAGAACCGUUUAUAGGCGGCCGUUAAUUCCUCAAUCAUUAUUUUCUCGAGUUCCGCUGAGCUAA